AUGACGAAUCCAUUCGCUUGUGAGCAGCAUCUCGCGGAAUUGGCCGUUCUCCGAGCCUCAAUUCUCACCAAAUCGGUGCAGUCUAUAGUCAGCGAGAUCUCCAAGAACGACAACUCCCCGGUCACCAUUGCCGACUUCGCAGCGCAGGCCCUUCUCGUUGGGGCUCUUCGCGAUGCCUUCCCAAACGAUGCCUUUCUAGGGGAAGAGGAUUCUACCGCCCUGAGAGCCGACCAAACACUCUGCAACAAGGUUUACGACCUAGUAUUGUCAGCAACAGAUGUGGCGGACCGGAACAAUGAAGGGGCUUUACUACCCAAGCCAUCGUCCGUUGACGAGAUGCUGAGUCUGAUCGACCUUGGUGGGAAUGGCAUAGGAGGCAACAAAGGGCGGUUCUGGGUUAUGGACCCCAUUGACGGGACUGCAACCUUCUUGAAAGGGCAGCAGUAUGCCGUUUCUUUGUCUCUUAUCGAGAACGGGAAGCAGGUUGUUGGUGUGCUGGGAUGUCCAAACAUCAGCCCUGACAUGACCCGAGUCUCGGAAGAGAACAUCGCUCGGGAAGGCUUGGGUAUCAUGCUCACGGCCGUUCGAGGCCAAGGCACUGCGAUCCGGACAAUGACUUCUGGCGGUCUUGGCGAUGCUUUCCCUCUACGCAUCCUCGCACCGACCAAACGCCUUCAUAUUGUCGACUGCGCCGCUAGCGAUGUCAGCCGCCACGAUGUGAUUGCGGAGCUGGCGCACAGGUUCAAGGCGAAAUUUCCAGACAUUGACCUGUGGUCUUCGCAUAUCCGCUAUGCCGCUCUAAUUGUUGGGGGUGGCAGCGCCCACUUCUUGAUUCCGGCGAGUCCAGAUUUCAAGAUGUGCAUCUGGGAUCAUGCAGGCGCGCAGCUUAUUUUUACCGAGCUUGGUGGGAAGUCGCCUAGUGCUUCAACCUCGAUCACCAUGCAGAAGUCCGAGGCCAUGUCGGACAGUCUUGUUGCAGAGGCUGAAGCUGCCAUAGCUUGGGAGCACUCCUUGAGCCCUCGACGCGCCUUGAAACUAUACUCCAAGGCUGUUUGGCUCGGCGCCUUCGUUUCCCUCGCGCUUGUUAUGGAGGGCUUCGACACCAAGAUCAUGGGAUCACUCUACGCGGUGCCUGCUUUCCAGCAGGACUAUGGUGCUCGACUACCCGAUGGAUCUUAUCAAAUUUCUGCAUCAUGGCAAAGCGGCAUGGGCGCCAUCACGGGCGUUACAUCUAUCCUAGGAAUGUUCUUGGGCGGAUACCUCGCUGAGAGGUUUGGGUUCCGGAAAACGAUGGCGGCCGCUUUGCUUUCCAUGCCACCGAUCAUCUUCAUUUUCUUUUUCGCGCCCAGUCUCCAAGUUUUGGCUGUUGCCAAUUUCUUCAUGGGAAUAUUUCAGACUGUGACCACAGUGUAUGUCACCGAGAUCAUGCCCAACGCACUUCGCCCUUAUCUCACUAGUUUCUAUUCGCUAGCCUGGGUCAGUAAAUGGUUCUGGCCACUUGUGGUGAUCAUCGCAGUCUAUCUGUCACCAGAGUCGCCCUGGUGGUUAGUGCGUCAGAAUCGCCGAGACGAGGCCGAAGCCGCAGUUGCGAGUUUGACUUCUGGGGACAUGGGUAUCGAUAUUCAGAAACUUGUUUCGUUGAUGGUCUUCACCACUCAUCACGAGCGGAAUGUCGAGUCGGGCACGAGCUAUCUCGCCUGUUUCAAAGGGGUCAAUCUCCGCAGAACCACCAUCGUCAUGGGUGUUUAUGUUAUGCAGGUAUUGACCGGCGCACCAGUGCGAGGAUACAUGACGUACUUCUUCCUGCAAGCCGGUCUCCCUGUCGACCAGUCAUUCAAUAUGACCAUCAUUGCUUUAGUACUCUCUGUACUUGGAGUCCUCGGUGCCUUGGUCGUGAUGACAUACGUAGGCCGCAGACAGAUGUAUCUCUGGGGCACUCUCAUCACCGUGGCUCUCUUCGCGGCCAUCGGCGGUAUGGGCGCUCAACUACGGAAGUCAUCGUCUGCAGCACUAUUAUGGGGCAUUGGGUCUCUCCUUGCCGUGGACGGCUUCGUAGCCAACCUUCUAGUGCUGCCGGUUACAUUUGUGAUGGUUGCUGAGAUUCCAUCUUCACUCCUGCGGAGUAAGUCGGUCGUGGUUGCACGGAACACUUAUUCUGUCAUCAACAUUGUCGCCGGCACGAUCACACCAUUCAUGCUCAACCCCACUGCGUGGAACUGGAACGCGCUAUCCGGAUUCUUCUGGGCCGGGGCUGGCGUUAUCGGAUUUGUUUUCACAUACUUCAUGGUCCCGGAGUCCAAGGGAAGGACAACCGCAGAAAUGGAUAUUCUGUUUGAGCAGAAGGUUCCUGUUCGGAAGUUCAAGGAAGCCGAGGUUUCCAUUUCUCACGUCGAAGAGAAAGGGCUCACCUAG